ACCAACAGCGUACUCCGCAGCGUCCUCCCACGCCUGGAUUCUUAAUGAUGACGAGACCUCCCGUAGGGUCCAACCAGUUUGGGGGAGCUCAUUAUCAAAGUCCCUCGUCGCAGUCGGAAAAUUUUAUCCCUUUCUCCAACAUUGGUGGUAACAGCAGUGGUAAUACCCAGGGACAUGGUCGCUACAACUAUAACAGAAAUAAUGGUGGUGGACGACACGGUAACAACACCCCAAGGUUUGCCCAUCCCUACCAGCAAUCCCCUGGCGGAAGGAUGCCUAGCCCUCGAAGCCAUCACGGGCAGGGACACAGCCAUGGAUUUAAUAAUACCCCCGGUGGAAGAUUUAACGCAAAUUCAUCUGGUAUGAAUUAUUCUACUCCCCGGGGAAGUUUUAGUGCCACUCCUGGAGCAAGAUUUAGUGGUGGUGGAGGAGGUCGGAGAGACAGUUUCAGAGAUCACCGUAAUACUAGGUCGUUUAAUGACUUCAACACUCCAGACUCCAAUGGAAACAACAAAGGUGGUUGGGAUAGGUCAAGAGGUAGGGGUCCAAUAUCAAGUAUACCCAUAGAUAAAUUUAUCAGUGACAACAUGGUUGGAGAUCCAUGGGUUGAAUUUUAUGAUGGAUCACAUGGUGGUCAAGUUGAACAAUUGAACCAAAAUGAUAGUGGAUGUUUAGAAGAUUCAGAAAUAAUCAUUGACUCGGACACCAGUGCAAGAGUUGAAAAUUCUUUUGACGAUGUAAUAAGUGAUACAGAAGUAGAUAGCUCCCCAGUUCAUGACACGGGUAGUGAUUCGCCAAACAUUGCCACAUCGUCAACAUCUGAAAAGGACACAGGGAGUGAUACUGGGAGUGAUACCUAGUGUAAAUUGUUAGUCGUUCAUUAGACUUGAAGAAAGUUACUGCCUUUUUUCUCCAAUUCCUAGCCUAGUACAAAAUAUUACACAUCUUCAAUUGGUCUACCUCGUUUGUGAAUUAUAUUUGCAUUCUUUGGUAUCCAAACAUGUAUUUUGUUAGGUUAGAAAGCAGUGGUUAUAUACGAAGUUCUUUAUAUAUUAAACUCAGUAAUAAUGUUUUGGUAUUUUGUUGUAUAUGAAUUAUGUUGGAAAAUUGCUAGUUUCUAGUGAUAUUCAUUUGAACAUAUGAAAAUAAUCUCUUGAUGAAAGACCUGCCAUUUUAAAGUUCAAAAACUGAUAUAUCUAGGUAGUUAUGCUCAUUAUUUUUCUUAGGUAUGAUUCCCGUAUUGUGUCCAAUUAGGAAGAUGCACUUUUUCAUUUUAUUUAUUUAUCUACAACUUCACACUUAGUACAUAUAGUACAAAACUGAAAACCGUAUGUACAAAAUCUUUAAUGAGUUGGUAUAUUUCUAUUUAGAUUUCAUAAAUGCAUUCUUGUAGAUUUAAAAGUUGGUUACUGUCAGUGCUUGAGGGUGUAAGAGAUCCCAGUUGUUUGAAGUGUAAAUUAUGAAAAAUAGUAAUAUUGUUAAAUGUUUUUGUAGUUUGAAACAAUAUCUGCUUAUGAAUUUUUUUGUAUGCUUAUUUUUAGAUAUCACAAGAAACUUUUGUACCUGUGAGUCUGCCUCAUUCUGAAAUUUUAUGACAUUAAGAAGUUGAUAAAUACAAAAGAAAGGUUCCCUUGGGGUCACAAUUUAAGGGAUAAUGAGUUUUCCGAUUAUAGCAUUCAUGUACUGUUUUGAGCUUGUGAGUUACCUGAAAAGGAUGUAAAUUUGUCUGUGGUUAUGCUUGAAUUUACUAUGAUGUGCAAUAUAUUAGUAUAUUAUGAUAGGUUUAUUUAUAUUACAAAAUAUUUGUAUUUAAGUUUAUCAGUCAAAUUACUGGUAUUCCAUCAUUUAAGUGCCAGUAUAAUGUUAUACUAUUAGGGAAAUUAUAUUUCCAUAAUUAUAAACU